AUGCCCAUGCAUCUACCUACUCGAAAGAUUGGUGAAGAUAAUGUUUCAGCGAUUGGCUUUGGUCUUGCAGGUCUGUCCGGAUUUUACGGUCCGAAGGCGGAUGACGAGGAACGUUUCAAGAUCCUCGACACUGCUCUAGAGAUGGGAUGCACGAACUGGGAUACAGCCGCUUUUUAUGGCGAUAAUGAGGAAUUGGUAGGCAAAUGGUUCAAGAGAACUGGAAAAAGAGAUAAAAUAUUUCUGGCAACGAAAUUUGGAAUUACACCCGAUGGUCCGAACGGAAAGGCAGAACAUGUACGCACGGCUAUUGAAGACAACCUGAAGAGACUCGGAAUCGAUACGAUAGACCUGUAUUAUGUACAUCGCGUGGACCAAACUACCCCUAUCGAGAUUACGGUCAGAGCAAUGGCAGAGCUCGUCAAGGAAGGAAAAGUUCGCUAUCUCGGCCUGUCAGAAGUAUCAGCAACAACCCUUCGCCGCGCACACGCCAUACAUCCCAUCUCUGCUGUCCAGAUCGAGUAUUCUCCCUUUUUUCUGGACAUGGAAGAUGAGACAAUAGGACUUUUGAAGGCAUGUCGAGAGCUAGGUAUUGCCGUGGUCGCGUAUUCGCCCCUCGGCAGGGGAGUUCUCACUGGAGCAAUUAAAUCCAAUGACGAUUUUGACGAGGGAGACUGGAGGAAGCAUAUCCCAAAGUAUAGCAACGCCAAUUUUGCCAACAUCCUCAAGCUAGCUGCCGGGCUCGAAGAAAUUGGAAAGAAAUACAAUGCGACAGCUGGGCAAAUAGCACUCGCAUGGAUUCUUGCACAAGGCGAAGACAUCAUCCCUAUCCCUGGAACGAAGAAGAUCAAGUACCUCCAAGAGAAUAUUGAGGCCGUCCAUAUCCGACUUUCUGCUGACGAUGUGUCGUCAGUCAGAGCUCUGGCUACCACACUCGCUCCCACUAUUGUUGGGGAUCGAUCGAGGACGAUGCACUGGCUGUUCGCAGAUACGCCCGAGCUACCGGUGUAG